AUGCUCCCUGUCUUCCUGCUAGCUGGGUUGAUUCUGGCUCUGUCCAUCCCUGGCACUACUUCUGAGUCGGCCACGCUGCGGUUCCUGGGACAGACUGACUUUGUUGUUAAUGAGAGCAGCACAGCUGUGGUCCGACUGGUUGUAGAGAGAGUGGGAGACCCAGUCAAUGUGACUGCCUUGGUGCUGCUUGAAGGAGUCGACACAGGGGACUUCGAAGCUGUUAAUGCUGCAGCUUUCCUGCUGUCCACUGAGUCUAGUAAGACUAUCUUCAUUGCUGUGAAAGAUGAUGAGUUGCCUGAAGCAGAUGAAACAUUUACCUUCAACCUUAAACUACAGAGUUCCUCAAACGGUGUGACACUUGGGACACCGAACAAGGCAACUAUCACCAUCCUGUCCAAUGACAAUGCCUUUGGAAUAGUUGCCUUCAAUUCAACCGAAGAGAUUGUUAUUAAUGAACCCAGAGGAAGAAACCAAUAUGUGCCUUUCACCCUAAUUAGAGAAAAGGGAACAUAUGGGACUGUGACUGUCAACUUUGAGAUCUCUGAUGGUCCCAAUGUUGCUAUUGAAGAUCUCAGUCCAGAUAGGGGGAACAUCACCAUCCCUGUAGGACAGGCUGUAGUGCACUUCAGCAUCCUCAUUCUGGAUGACCAGAUCCCAGAGGAUGAUGAAGUGUUUUCAGUAAGGCUAACGGGUGUGGCAGGUGGAGCCCUUCUCAGGCCCAAUGGCAGCAGUGUCCAGCUGAGAAUCUGGCGAAAUGACAGCCCUCUGCGGUUCUCCCAGUCUAUCAUGGUCGUGCCAGAGUCUGCAGCAGUCAUUGCCCUAAAUGUGACCCGUGGUCGACUGACUGAGGAUGGGCCACUCAUCGGCUCUGUUGACACUGAGGUCUCUGUAGAUUACAUGGUGGUGACUGGUGAAGGAUUUGGUAGCGCCACUCCAGCUGUGGAUUUCAUCGACCUACAGCGAGUGCGAACAGUUACAUUUCCUCCAUUUGUCUACAAAACCAGCCUUCUGUUCAACAUCACUGAUGAUAAAGAGCCAGAAAUUGCAGAAUCCUUUCAUCUGGUCCUGCUGGAGAAUACAGUCAGGGGAGACGCUGUACUCGUAUCACCCAACUCUGUGCUAGUAACCAUCGAGCCCAAUGAUAAGCCUCAUGGAGUCUUGUCCAUUAGCAGCAGCGCUCUCAUUCAGCCAAUCAGCAUCAAUGAAGAUCUGACACAGAGAUUUGACGGCAUCGUCAUUGUUAGAAAUGGAGGAAGUUAUGGAGACGUAUCUGCCAACUGGUCCAUCAGCAGAAACUCCAGUGAUCGCUCGCCAGUGUCAGAUGACUUAAGGCCUGAGAAGGGUACAGUGAGAUUUGCUGCUGGUCAGGUGACUGCUGUGAUUCCACUUAACAUUAUGGCAGAUGAUCAACAAGAAGAAGCAGAGGCUUUUAUACUCAAACUGCUGCCCAGCACUGUAACUGGAAACGCAGAGGUCGACGAACCCAUGGAGGUGGUGUUCUACAUCCAGGACAGUGAUGAUGUCUAUGGGCUUUUUCGGUUUGACCCAGUCAAAGAGCAAAGCAUCCAGAGUCAACCCGAAGGCCGAUUCCUGUCUCUAAAUUUUGUGAGAGAUGGUGGUACACUGGGUAAUGUGUCUAUGACCCUUACCGCCCUCUACAUUCCCGCAGGCCCCAUAGACCCAGCCUUGGCCCGGGAUCAGGUUCUGAACGUUAGCAGGACUAUUAAUGUGUUGUUUUCCCGUCAGCGGAUGGUCCAUGUCAUUUUGCCUAUCAGGAAUGAUGCUUUUCUGCAGAAUGGAGCUCACUUCUUAGUACAGCUGAAUUCUCUGGAGUUGGUGGAUAUCAGUCCAUUAAUUCCACCAAACAGCCCAAGGUUUGGGGGACCUCUAAACUUGACUUUGACCAUCACCCCUGACAUUGCUAAUGGAGAAAUUGGGUUUACAAGUAACACCACAGUGGUUCUUUAUGAACCAGAGGACAGUGAUACCAGCGUGGUGAGUCUUCCUCUGCGACGUGAUGGGACAGAUGGCCAGGCUGUGGUGUUCUGGAGCCUUCAGCCAAUUGGGGCCAAUCGUAAGGAUGUGACUGCUAACGACCUGAAGCCAUUAAAUGGCUCUGUUGUUUUUCGAUCAGGGCAGAGUGAUGCCUUCAUCAAUCUUACCGUCAUGGCUGACAAUAUCCCCGAAGUCAAUGAGACCUUACUGCUCACUCUAGACAGGAGUAAUGUUGAGAAUCAGAUCCUGAAAUCUGGCUUCACCAGCAGAGAGAUAAUCAUCAUGGAGAACGAUGACCCUGGAGGGGUGUUUGAGUUCUCCCAGGUCUCCAGAGGUCCAUGGUUUAUCAAUGAGGGUGAGGCAGUGGAACUGCACGUGGUCAGAGCUCAGGGACAGCUUCUGAAACAGCUGGUACGAUAUUCUGUCGUGCCUUCCGGCAGCACUGAAUUUUAUGGUGCUACAGGUAUUCUGGAGUUUAAACCUGGUGAGAGUGAGGUGGUGGUGGCACUGGUGGCCAGGCCUGAUGGGGUUCCUGAGCUGGACGAGACUUUCUCUGUGAUACUUAGUAGCCACAGCACUCCACCCAGUCGUCUAGGGAACCAUAGGGAGGUCAACAUCACCGUGAGGCAGAACGACGACCCUUUUGGUGUUAUUGAAUUCAUCCAGUUGGGACUGAGUGUGACCAUCAAUGAGAGCCUUGGCGACACGCUGUAUCAGGCUGUGUACCCUGUUGUAAGGAACAGAGGACACUUUAAAGAAGUGUCAGUUUUGUGGAUCUUGGAGCCAGCCCUGUCUGGGGAUGUCAGCCCCCUCCAGGGAAACAUCACCUUCAAAGAAGGAGAAUACGUGAAAAACCUCACUGUCUUCUCUGUACCUGAUGAGAUACCAGAAGAUACAGAGAAUUUCACCAUCACACUGAUAAAUGCUACAGGUGGAGCAAGACUGGGAAACAUACUCAGUGCCGGUUUAUGGAUCAAUAAGAAUGAUGACCCUAUUUAUUUUUCUGAGCCUGUUUUUGUGCGUGUUCAUGAAGGAGGGGUUGCCAACUUUACUGUUCUGAGGGCAGGGCGAGCUGACUUUGUGGCAACAGUGAUGUAUCGAGUAGAGUACCGAGGUGCAUCGCCAAAUGACCUCACUGUACUGACCAAUCGCACGCUGUUGGUGUACGGCAUUGGUGAAUGGAUGAAGAACAUCUCUGUGGCCAUUGAAAAUGAUGAUGUACCAGAGACUGAUGAACCUUUCUACAUUGUUCUCUACAACGCCACAGGCGAUGCUGUUGUGUAUGGAGCAGACACUGCUACUGUGGUGAUUGAAGCCAAUGAUGAUGCCAAUGGAAUUUUCUCUUUGGAAUCUAUUGAAAAAGCUGUCGAGGAGGGCAAGACCAACAAUUUUUAUGUACUUCGAGCAAGGGGACAUUUUGGUAAUGUAACAGUGUUCUGGCAACUGUUUGCGAAUGACUCAGUGACUCCUCUUGAAGAAAACCAGGAGUUUAAAAACACAUCUGGGUCCAUCACCUUCACUACAGGAGAAGUGACCAAGCCAAUUGUCCUGGAGGCCAUUUCAGAUAAACUCCCAGAGUUCAAUGAGUUCUUUGUCCUCAGUCUGGUAAAUAUCUCAGGGGGUUACCCGGGGGAGGGUGGACGACUAGCCUCAACUUCUCUGAACACUUCAGUUCUCAUCCCUUUCAACGAUGACCCAUUUGGGGUCUUUGCCAUUGCUGACAUCAACCUGGACCAAGAAGUUGCUGAAGAUGUCCUUUCAGUUGAGGAUAUGGCUAAUGUCAUUUCCUUCACCAUUCUCCGACAGCAGGGCACUUUUGGUGACGUGCGCGUUUCCUGGGAAAUUGUGUCUGGACGUUUCCCACAGGGUCUUCCUCUCAUGGAUGACCUGCUGCUUCUAGCUUCUUUCCCAGAUGCUGUUGAGCUCAGGCCUCAUGCUAGAAGACAUCACUCAGCCACAGACACUUGGUUUUUCUCUGGGCAUCCUGGAGCUUAUGGAACCAUCUCCCCUGAAGAUGCACCUGCUGCUGUUGGCAAUUUCACCUUCUCUGCUUGGCUGAUGCCCAGACCAAACACUGAUGGCUUCAUAGUGUCCAAAGGAAACAAAAAUGAGAGCUUGUAUUAUGGAGUGAAGGUCCACACCAAUGAGUCACAUGUUACAGUGAUGCUGUACUAUACGGUAACAGGUUCAAAUAACACCCAAGUGGCCCGGGCCACAACUGAGAAGUUUGUGGAGGAAAAUAUGUGGCUACAAGUCAUCAUUACAGUUGAUGAUGGGAUUAUUGAGUUCUUCUUGGAUGGGACCUCUAUACCUGGAAGCCUGAGGAGCAUCAAAGGAGAAGGCAUCAAUGAUGGACCUGCUUCAUUGUUUAUUGGGUCAGAUCUUCAUGGUGAACAGCGCUACACUGGUCUCCUCCAGGAUGUCCGAUUGUAUCACACUAAGCUAAACCGCAGCCACAUCAACGAGCUCCAUGCCCAGCCUGCAAAAGCCGACCUGCGGAACAUCUCAGGUUACCUACGGUACCGGCAGGAUGAGAGGCAGAAAUCAUUCGUAGUGGAGGUCAAGGAUGAUGAAGAGGAAGAAGGAGAAGAGGUGUUUUUUCUGCAGUUGGUGGCAGUGCGAGGUGGAGCACGCCUUCCCGUUCCCAGACCCACUGCUGUUUUGCGAGUCAUGAAGAGUGACAAUGCCAAUGGGCUUUUUAGAUUCACCGGUGCCUGCAUACCUGAUACCACUGAAGAGGGCUCCACAAUCUCUUGUGUGAUUGAGCGUAUGCGGGGAUCUCUGGAUCAUGUCUCUGUAAACUACACUGUUACCCAACUGGACAGUGACAGUCCAGCUCAUCAAGAUUUUGUCAAUGCAUCUGGAGCUGUGCGGUUCAUGCCGGGACAGCGCUCUGAGGUCCUGAACCUGCUGGUGCUUGACGAUAAUCUCCCAGAGCUUGCAGAGUCCUUUCAGGUUGCGCUGGUGUCAGCAGAGUCUGGUGAUGGGAAGCCAGGUUCCACCCCCACCAGUGGAGCAAGCAUCGACCCCAAUAACUCUAUUAACACUGUCACUGUAACAGCUAGUGACCAUCCAUAUGGCCUGCUGCAGUUUCAGCCCAGCCCUCCAAAGGAAGGUAUGAUCUCUCCAUCAUUAGAACCUGCAAGCAUCACUGUUAAUGAAGAAGAUGGACAGAUCCGUCUACUUGUGGCCAGGGCCCAAGGUCUUUUAGGGAGGAUCAUGGUAGGAUACAGGACAACCCCCUUUACAGCAUCCAGCCCUGAAGACUACAAGGAUUCAGAGGGAAUUUUGGACUUUCUUCCAGGAGAGCGAUUAAAGUUCAUCAAUGUGACCCUUGUAGAUAAUCCUGUCCCUGAGUUGGACAAGAUUUUUAGAGUGGAGCUGUACAGUGCUGAUGGUGGAGUGGAUCAUUUUCUGCGUAGUGAAGGAAGUGGUAGUGGAGAGAGUGACUAUGACUUCCUCCCUCCGUCCUAUCUUCACCAUGCCAGCUUAGGAGUUGCAUCUCGCAUCACAGUCGUCAUCGCUGCAUCUGAUGAUGCCCAUGGAGUGUUUCAGUUCAGCCCUCAGUCUCUGUCUGUUAACGGGACAGAACCUGAGGAUGGACAUGACCAUGUGAUUUUGCAGGUUGAUCGUUCUUUUGGUGACCUCUCCAACGUAACUGUUUACUGGGAAGCUGAUCCCAGCUCGGAGAGACAGCUCCUCAGCAGGUUUGGGAAUAUCACCUUUGGUGUAGGACAGAGGUCCAAGAACGUCAUCAUCAGUGUGGCCCAAGAUGACAUUCCUGAGUUGGACAAGAGUUUCACUGUGUCCUUGGUUAACGUGUCACACGGUCGUCUGGGAAACAAUACAUCCGCUUCUCUGACUGUGCUCGCCAGUGAUGAUCCUUAUGGUGUUUUUGUAUUUUCCAAUGCAACGAAGUCUGUUCGACUUCCUGAAUCUGAUGCAACUGCCUCCCUUACCAUUCUGCGACAGAGAGGCCUAAUGGGUCAGGUCCAAGUUGUGUAUGGGACACUGAAUGAGGCCGAUCCAGAGCCUUACAGGACCCCUGGAGUGGGGCGAGCCACCGAAGGGCGGGAUUUUGUUUCCCUUCUCGACUCGGUUGUGUUUUUGGCCAAUCAGAGUGUAGCAAAUAUUAGUCUUAGAGUGCUGGAUGAUGAGGACCCAGAAAGAGAUGAGUCAGUGUUUGUGAAGUUGAUCAGUGUUCAACUCAUCCGAGGAGAGCAAAAGCGACUCAUCUCAAAUUCCCCCUCUCUGGGCCCCAGCAUGGACACUGUAGCCCAGGUGAUUGUGGAAGCCAGCGAUGAUGCUUUUGGCAUCCUUCAGCUGUCGGCUUCUGCUGUCAGUGUAGCUGAACACUACGUUGGGCCUAUAAUAAAUGUCACGCGUGUUGGGGGAAUUUUUGCCGAUGUAUCUGUCAAGUUCAGAGCUGUGCCUUUGACCGCCAGAGUCAGUGAAGAUUACAGUGUAGCCUCGACUGAUGUGGUCCUCUUAGAGGGGGAGUCCAGUAAAUCUGUACCCAUCUAUGUUAUCAAUGACGUGGUCCCUGAGCUGGAGGAGACCUUUAUGAUCGAGCUAAUCAACCAAACGACCGGAGGAGCUCUCCUGGGAGACCUCACACGUGCCAUCAUAACCAUACUGCCUUCUGAUGACCCUUUUGGUGCCUUCGUCUUUCAGGCUCUUCCUAUUACAGUAGAGGAGCCUGGAUCCAACUCUGUUGAGGUCACAUUGCCUAUUGUGCGUAAUGCUGGUACAAUUGGCACAGUGGCAGUCCAAUGGCAGGCGACUGUUAAUGGCAAACUAGCCGAGGGAGACAUCAGACCUACAUCAGGAGAGGUGAAAUUUGCUCCUGGAGAGACCAUGAAGACACUCAGAUUGGAGAUUUUAGCUGAUGAUGUGCCUGAAAUUACUGAGAUUAUUAAAGUGGAACUAACUCGUGCCAGUAAUGGAGGAAACUUGGGAGCUGAUAGGUCUGUUGACAUAAUAGUGCCUGCCAAUGACAACCCAUACGGAACAGUUUACUUUGAACAGUCUGUAUAUCGUGUUCAGGAGCCACUGGAGGGAGUUUAUACAGCUAAUAUCAGUGUCCGCCGGAGAGGUGGUCACUUUGGCCGCCUGGAGAUCACAUACAGCACCUCUGAGAUUGACAUUGUUGGCUUGGCUCUGACCGAUAAACAAAACCUGUUGAUGUACUAUGACCCUCCAAAGCCAGGCUCUCCAGCCACCCCCCCCCUUAUGACCGUUAACAUCACCGGUCAGAGAGACCCUUUGACUGCAUGUGCUGCAGCUUGUCUGAGGGAACGUGCUUGCCAGGCCUUCUCUCUGUCAUCAGGCGUGACUUCACCAUCCUGCACAUGGGUGACGUCAGGGGCUGACCAGCUGAGCUCUAAAUCUCAAGUUUUGACUUAUGUAAAAAACGUCACUGCAGCGAAUGUUCUGUUCAGUGCCCAGGCUGUGGCAGGAAGUGAUUACACCCCUGUGACUGCUCAAAGUGCCUUCAUGGAUGAUGGAGCAGGGGCAGCUAACCUCACAGUCUUAAUUUUAACCGAUAAAUUCCCUGAAAUGGAUGAGAGCUUCUCAAUACAGAUAUUAAAGGUAGCGCUAGAAAAUUUGACUGUGGCACAGAAGAACCAACCUUCAAUCGGUCAGCCGGACAAAGCUACAGUCACUAUUGGAAUGAAUGGAGAUGCUUUUGGCAUAUUUUUGAUCUAUAGCCUCAGUCCCAACGCCACCAAUGAUGGGCUUUAUCUUGAAGUUCGAGAGGAGCCCACAGCUAUAGUGCCACUAGUUAUAGAGAGGAGGGGAGGGAAUCUGGGCACUGUCACAGUGGAAUGGAGAUUUGUUGGAGGACAGGCCACACCAGAUGCUGACUUCACUGGGACUGGAGGAACUCUAAUCUUUGAUGGUGAUCUUAAGAAGAUAAUACAGAUAGUAAUCAGGGAUGAUUCUGAGCCAGAGGACAACGAAAGCCUCAGGAUUGGUCUUGUUAACACAGCGGGAGGAAGUCGAAUUCUGCCCAGUUCAGACACUGUAACCAUAGUGAUACUAGCUAACGAUAAUGUUGCAGGAAUAGUAGGAUUUGAUUCAGCCUCACGUUCAGUCAUUGCCAGGGAAGGUGAAAGACUUUCUUUGUUGGUGCUGAGAACAGCUCCAGGUCUGGGUAAUGUCACUGUGGACUGGACUCUACAAGGACCCCUUGCACAGAGAACGUUCACUCAAACUUCAGGGAAACUCUUCUUUACUAAGGGAGAACUCAACGAUACUAUAGUCUUGCAGCUUCUUGAUGAUGCCACGCCAGAGAACAAAGACGAAUACAGAGUUUCAUUGUCCAACAUACAAACUUUUGGUGUUGUGGUGACAGGCCAUGCUGCACUGGAUAUUCAAGGCAGUCAGGCAGUGCUUACUGUGGACACCAGCGAUCAGCCCUUUGGGCUGCUGACUAUUGCCCCAUCAUCCCUUAGAGUGACCACAGAGGAACGGGACCAAAUUAUUAACAUCUACAUCAACAGAGAGUUUGGAGCCUCAGGGGCAGUUAAUAUAUCAUAUGAGGUUAAAAGAGGUUCCUUACAAAACCUGUCUGAGGUGGAAGGUGCUCUCGCUGACCCAGGACUAGACUUCAUCUCUGGCACUGGUUCUGUCAUCCUUCAAGAUGGGCAGACUUCAGUUGGCAUCCCAGUCACAAUACUGGAGGAUGACACUCCAGAGUUGCAGGAGUUCUUCUUGGUCAACAUAACAUCAGCAGUCCUCAUCACCACACUCGCUACUGUUCCCCAACUAGAGGUUGUGUAUUGCACUUUGCCAGAUACCCAGGGUUUGGUGGCAGAGAUCACCAUUGGUGCUAAUGAUGGAAUUAGAGGGGUCAUCGGGUGGACAAACACCAUGUUUGAAGUGAAUGAAACAACAGGAUUGCUGACUCUAGUGGCCUACAGGAACAAGGGGACAUAUGGAAAUGUCUCUCUUUUCUUCUUUGCUCAAAAUUUGGAAGCUCAACAGGGACUGGACUUUAAUACAAGUCAAACGAUGCUCCAUUUUGUUCAUGGUGAAAGGCAUAAGUUUGUGGAAGUGGAGAUAAUCAAUGACGCCAUUCCAGAGGGAGCUGAGAGAUUCCAGCUCAUCCUGUCUGAGCCUUCCCCUGGGCUGGAGCUGGGAAGCAACACUACAGCCACGGUGACUAUCCUGGCCAGUGAUGAUGGCCAUGGUGUCAUUUCGUUUAACACCAGCGAUCAUCUCCUGUUGAGAGAGCCCACCUCUGUGUCAGAGCUUCGUGUGAGUGUUGCCAACCUCUACGUGGUUCGGAACCCAGAAGAAGGCACGUUUGGUACUGUGUCAGUUCAGUUUACCAUCACUGAUGCUAAUGGCAGCCUAGCAGAGGGUGAUCUGAUGCCCACACAAGGGUUUGUGGUACUGGAGGAUGGAGUCAGAUUUAAGAUGCUAGAAGUCAGGGCAGUACUGGAUGCUGAACCUGAAGGGAAUGAAACCUUCACAGUGGCCCUGUCCAACCCGACAGGAGGGGCGAGGCUUGGUGACCAACUCCAAACGUUCAUCACUGUCCUGGAGAAUUUGGCUCCUUCCGGCUUGUUUCGAAUUGGGCCGACUCUGAACAGAACCAGUACAGCAGUGGUUGUUAAUGAAGGUGGGAGAGCAGUCUUCCUCACUGUAUCUCGCAGUAAUGGUCUGGAGUCAGCUGUCAGUGUGGAAUGGGAGAUGCUGUCUGACACAGCUACUGCAUCUGAGGGUCCCCUCCCGGUUAUGGGUGUGUACCAGAGCUUGGAGGACAACCCUACAUCUGCUUGGUGCUCCCUUCCUGAAGAGCCUUCAUUCAUGGCUGUAAGGCUAGAUCGGAGGCCUGUAGCUGGAUCUUCGCGCACCUUGGCCACCCUGUAUCGAUGGCAAGGUGUCUUUGUGGCAACAGAGUCUGUUGGGAUCCAGGACCCAGCCUCAUGUGUUGGGUUUGCAGUAAAUGGUUCUACCUAUAUAGGCAUUACACAUGGUGGCCCUCCCUUUUUCCCUGCUGCCAAUCUUAGCAUUUUCAAACUGCAGAGGGACCUCAACAUCACAUUGGAACAAGUUUUGGGUGUUGAAGCUCUGGAUGUGAAGCAUUUCUCUGCUGCAGGCAAAGAUUAUUUGAUAGCAUCAAGCCAGAUUUUUGUUUGGGCUGCUGGCUCCUUUACACUCCAUCAGACUCUGGACUUUAAGCAAGACAUCCUGAGUGUAACUCCAUUCACUCAUGCAGCUGUGCACUACCUGUUGCUGUGCAUUAACAGUCAGAAUGCAAGCUGCCAAAUGCUUCAGUGGACUGGUGGAAGAUUUCAAAACCCGCAGCCUCUCCCAGUUACAGGCAGAGUCAGUCAGGUGGAAGCAAUCAACACGAGAACAAAAGACACUCUCCUCUUGAUUGCUGCUGAAGGUCUUGUUCCAUCCUGUAAGGUGUUUAAGUGGAGUUUAGGAGGAGCUUCACCACAACUUUAUCAGUCUAUUGCUUAUCCUGGCCUCUCCUCCAUUCACUCUUUCACGGCUCCUUCUGCGAUCACUUAUGUGCUGAUAGCUGGAAGAAAUGGUUCAUCGCUCUAUUCCUGGAGGUCUGAUGUCAACCUGUUCACCCUGAUCCUGAGGGCCCCUCAAGCCAUUAGCUUUCUCUCUUUCAUGGUUCCAUCCCUCAACACCACAAAAAUCCUCUUGGCUUCCUCUGAGGAGAAUAGCUCCACUGUUUAUGAGUUCACAUCUGUCUCUAAUCAGUCAGAUUUCAUACCCAGUUUUGGGGAGUUGAACUUUGCUCCAGGUGACAGUGAGCUGGAGAUAGCAGUAAACAUCAUAGAUGACGACAUCCCUGAAGUGGAGGAGUUAUUCCAGGUGAAGCUGAAAAAUCCAAAGGGUGGUGCUGAGAUUGGAUUUGGUGGUCAAGUGAAAGUUAUCAUCCCAACCAACGAUGAUGCAUAUGGAGUCAUUGGAUUUGCUCUGAAUUCUCUAAACAUGGAGGUCGAGGAGUUGGAACAAAAUAAUCAGAUUUCUCUUACUUUGGAGAGGAAAAGAGGGAGUUUUGGUAGACUGACUGUUCACUGGGCUGCUAAUGGUAGUUUAGCUGACAUUUACCCCACAUCAGGAGUGGUAACAUUCUCCAACGGUCAAACAUUAGCCAUCAUCUCAGUGGCUGUGAUAGCCGAUGGUUUCCCCGAGCUACAUGAGAGAGUCACAGUUACCAUCCUGGAUGUUACCACUGUGGGCCUUCAAGACCUGAGACACGCUGCUGUCAUUGACAAGCAGCGAUCUCAAGCGCUGCUCACCAUCUUGCCCAAUGGCUCUCCAUAUGGGGUGAUUGGAUGGCAUCUGGACUCCCAGUUUAUUCUAACAGAUGAACCACAGAGGGCUCCAGUCAAUGUGACUCUUUCUGUUGUAAGGGAGCAAGGCUCCUCAGGUGAGGUGGCAAUCCAUUUUCAGACCAAGCCAGCCUUGUACCAGCCACCAUCCAAUCAGGCCACUGCAGGAGAAGACUAUUUAACCAGAAAUGACACCAUUAUCAUGAUAAAUGGUGCUACUGUGGCCCUUGUCAUUGUUACAAUCCUUCCGGAUGACAUUCCAGAGCUAGCAGAGAGUUUUCUGGUAAAUAUUACUGGAGUAGAGCUAAUGAGAGGGUCAGCUGGAGUCGGGCAGCCCAGUGUGAAGAGGCCUGGUAUGGAAGUGGCGGAGAUCACCAUCAAAGAGAACGAUGAUCCCCGAGGGAUUCUGCAGUUCAAUGUUUCUGAAGAUAUCCCUGGAAGUGUGUUGGCCUAUGAGAUACCACCACCAGACAACAUCUUAUAUCUGUCAGUGGUGAGACGUGCUGGUACAACUGGAAGAUUGGUUGUGUACUGGGAGGCUGAGCCAGUCACUGCUGAUCUUAAUGACUUCAGCCCCAUAUCAGGAAACAUCACCUUUCAAGAUGGGCAGAGAGAAGCCAAAAUUGCCAUUGCCAUUUUGGAUGACGAACAAGUGGAGGCCUCAGAGACCUUCAGAGUAAAUUUGCUGCGUGUGAUCGGUGGUGCUCGUUUUGGACAAGUAACCUCUGUAACUGUCAAUAUUCCAGCCAACGAUUCACCUCUUGGACGAUUUGGUUUCAACAAACUGGAGAUCACGAUCAGUGAACCAGAGUUUGUGGAUGAUCCUGCUGCUGUGGCGACAUUAGCAGUGCUUCGUAGUGCAGGAGGUCAGGGCGCAGUGACACUUUCGUGGCAACUGCAAACCCAGGCUAAAGAUGACCUUGCACCUGUCAAUGGAACUCUCGUUUUCACUGAGACUGAGUCUGUUAAGUCAUUUGUGAUUAAAGCCCUUGCUGAUGAUGUCCUGGAAGGAGAUGAGCAUUUCACUGUACGGUUGUUUCCUGCUGACAGUGGUGCUGUUAUUGACCCUUUAAAUGCUAUGGCCACCAUAACCAUCAGGGCAGACAAGGCUGCCUUAGGGAUUAUUGGAAUAGCAGAGUCAUCUAGGAACAUCCUCAUUGGAGAACCUCAGGGAGAUUAUAAUGGGAGCGCUGUGGUCAGCCUUGUGCGAGGGCCCGGUUUGUUUGGAGAGGUGCAGGUCUACUGGAAUAUCACUCCAGCUGUGGCAUCUGAGUUUGAAAAAAUAUCUGGCACCAUAACAAUGAAAGAUGGACAGUCUUUUGCCUCCAUUACUCUGAAGGUUCGGGAUGAUGAACUACCUGAAGAGCGCCGUGAGUACCAGCUUUCACUGACUUCAGCAACAACAGGACUGCAAAUAAGUCCCAUAGCUGGACAUGCAAGGAUUUCCAUGGCAGCUAGCGACAACCCUUUUGGGCUUUUCUCUUUCACCGAUCUUAAACUCAGAACAACAGAGGAGGAGGGAAAGGUCAAUGUGACAGUGAGUCGCUCUUUUGGCAGCUUUGGCAGUGUGUGGGUGACCUAUGAGACAUCAGGAAGCACUGCAGUCAGUGGAAUAGACUUUGUUCCAGCUUUCGGACGACUGCUAUUUAACCCAAAGGAAACCUCAAAACAAGUUACAGUGCAUAUUCAGGAUGACAGUCUUCCAGAGGGGCCAGAGAUGUUUUUUCUCAACAUCACUAAUGUAGAGCUAGUCAAUCUCAGUGCUGUGGACUACACAAGGAGAGAGUUUGGGCUACAGUUGGACCAGCCUCCAGUUGUGGGCAACAUCUCUUCUGUCAUUGUGGUAAUAUUACAGAAUGACAAUGUUGAAGGUAUCCUGGAGUUCAGGCAGGGCUAUCUUAACUUUACAGUUGAAGAGAACGUGGGUACUGUAAUAAUCCCAGUAGUUAGGAGGGUAGGCACUUAUGGAAUGGUUUCCGCCCAGUUUACUUCAAGAGGCUUGAGUGCAACCCCUGAUCUCGACUAUAUCCUGUAUAAUGGCUCGGUGACAUUUCUCCAUGGCCAGAAUAUCAGCAACAUAAAUGUCACUAUAAUUGAUGACCUGGACAGUGAACAUGCAGAGAUAUUUGAGAUCUUGCUGGUUGGAGCUACAGGAGGAGCAGUUGUGGGCUCCCAGCAUGUUGCAAGGAUAACUAUUGGGAAGAGUGACUCUCCAAGUGGGGUGGUUCAUUUUGUCAACGAGAGUCUUAUUACGGUGGCAAACCCCAACUCCACACUUAAACUCAGUCUUGUUCUGGAGAGAGCAGGAGGCCUGCUGGGCAAUGCAACGGUUGCUUGGGUCAUUCUUGGCCCUAACAGCAGAGAGGUCCUUCCCUCCAAUAAUACUGACAUAAGAGGGCCUGUAAAUGGAUCCUUCUUCUUCAGGGAUGGAGAGGCGAGCACAGGCACCAUAGACUUGCGGAUUCUCCCCCAUGGAGAAGUGGAGGUGGAAGAGACCUUUAUUAUCGAGCUCAGUAUUCUUUCUGGAGAGAUGUAUGUCGAUCCUAUGGGUGCUUCCAUAAAACUCAAGAUAGAGAAGUUUGGUGACCCAAAUGGUAUAGUCCAGUUCACUGAUGAUGCUCGUAGAGAACAUGUCCUCAAUGAGUCCACAGAAGCAGAAGGUCCACGCAAUAUCUCUCUGUUGAUUACACGGCGAGAGGGUGUCGUGGGCAACAUCACAGUCCACUGGCAGAUACAAAGUGAGUCUGAUAUAAUCGGAGACUUCCUCACCUUAGCUGGUUCAGUGAUGAUUCUGGAGGGUCAAAGAGAGGCAGAGAUUAUUCUUAGGCUGAUGCCUGACACUGUGCCAGAGCUGGAAGAGCUCUACAUUGUCCAGCUCACAGCUGUAGAGGGUGGUGGUACUCUAAAUGCCAACCCAAAUCUGAUCAGAACCCACAUCAGGGUUCCUGCUAAUGAUGAGCCCCAUGGUGUGUUUACUCUGAACCCUGUGCAACAGUCUAUAGUAGUUGUGGGCUCGGGCUCUAACAUCACUAGAGUUCUGGUGGUGAAUGUAACUCGGCUUGCUGGGCUGUAUGGCAACGCCAGUGUGGGCUACAGGAUCAGUGAUGAAGAGAUGGACAUUAAUGAGAUACUGGGAGGAAGAGCUGAAGGACGGCUGUUUAUAAGAGAGGGACACUCCUUUGGGACAAUCACCGUGCCCAUCAGCAGCCAAGUCUUUUUGUCAGUCGGUGGAAGCUUCAAAGCAGAGCUCACAGAUGUCAGACUAGUCAGUGCUACCCAAGGCGCUGAGCCUCGCCUUCUUCAUGAGGCCAGCAUUGCUAUGGUAACAGUACCCGAGGAAGCUGCAAGCUCAGAGGUUGGCUUUGCCUCACUGGCUUUGCAGGUUUCGAGUGUGGAAACAGGGAAAUGUGAGGCAAAGGUGAUACGAACAGGGCUGUUUGGGGACCUCAGGGUGCAGUGGAAAGCUGGAUAUCCUUUAGGACAGACUCCAUCCGGUUUUCAAACAGGGGCUAUCAUACCAAAUUCAGGCUCACUGACCCUGGCCCAUGGAGAGAAGACUAAAGUCAUAUCAUUUACAGCUGUUGCUGAUGCAUUAGAGACGGCUUCUUAUGCUAUACAUCUCACACCUGCCACUGCUAAUACUGCUGCAAGUGGAACUGUCAAGUUCAGGCCAGGUUUUACUGUUGCAGAAGUGGAGCCACUGGGCAUCUACCAGUUUUCCCCUGAUUCCCGCCAGCUUGUCAUCGCAGAAGACAUCCAAACUAUCACACUUUAUGUUCAGAAACUUUAUGGGUCUCGUAGCAAUACUACUCGUCUGUCCUAUACAACAUUAGAUGGCACUGCAGCUUCAGGGGAGGAUUUUCUCCCUGUGUCAGAUGGCCGUUUGGUCUUCGACUCACCUCACCAAACCAACGCUUCUUUCCACCUUUUAGUUGUUGAUGACUCUCUCUCAGAACCCGAUGAGUACUUUCAGGUCAACUUAACAAAUGUUAAGGUCCUUACUCCAGACUUUUCCUGGGCACACACAUCUCCUCGUCUCAACCCUCAGCACAGUGUGGCCACUGUCACCAUCCUGGCGAGCGAUGCAACUGGUGGAAUUCUGAGUAUUGGACCCUCACUUGUCCAAGUACCAGAGGACCGAGAUGAGGCAACACAGCAGGAGAGGAGGCUUAUUCUAAGGGUGCGCAGGUCUGGCAGUGUUGCAGGGCUUGUGAGGGUCCGGGUCCAGGUGUACGGAGAUGGAAGUACAACAUCUCCUCCCUUUGCUCUGGAACCCAAUGGGAUCCUCGCCACGGAAGAGAAAGACUUCCGCUUGCAGUCCACUAUAGUGUCUUUGCAGGCUGGAGAAGAUGAGUCAGAAGUUAUCCUUGUUAUCCUGGAUGACUCUGAGCCAGAGGGACAGGAAGUAUUUUUCGUCUACCUCAGUAAUCCAGAGGGAGGAGCUCAGAUCACAGACAGUCCAUACCAGGGCUUUGGAGCGUUUGUCAAGAUCACAAUUCUUGGGAGUGACAUCCAUAAUGGCAUUGUUGGGUUUAGUCUUAGUUCUCUGAUGGGCCAAGUUCUGGAUGAGGAUUCAGAAAAUAGAACUGUUCUGCUCUACAUGCAGAGACAGGAAAACAGAGCCUUUGAGGAUUUGCAGGUCUUCUGGAGAGCUACUUUCAGCAAAGAAUCUUUAAGUCUAGUCAGUAACGGAGUCGACCUGACCACACAGCUUGUGCAGACCUCAGGAACGGCAAUCUGUAGGAGAGGAGAGAUAAUCUGUGCCCUCACUCUGGAGGUCCUGGAUGAUGAGGAGCCAGAAUACCAAGCAUGGUUCUUGGUGGAGAUUUAUCAAGUGGGAGCAGGAGCUGCCAUUAAUGACACCACUCGUUUUGCCAACAUCACUUUAGCAGAGAGCGACAACCCACAAGGUGUUGUGUACUUCACUGUAGGCCAUAGACUGCCCAUCGCCACCCUGCUGACCACAAGGCUCAGUCUGCAGGUCUACAGGCAAGCAAGCACAGCUUCAACCAUGGCUCUACAAUUUCGUACAUUGGAGCUUCCAAGGGAGGAGAUGGUGGGUCCCUAUGUGAUCUGGCCUGCUAAAGAAGGAAUGGACUUCCCUAAACAGGAGGGCCAAGUAACCUUUGAUGUUGGGCUUCACACCACAUCACUAGACAUUUACCUGACACCUGACCUAGCCUCAUCCUCACCUACGCCGAAACGCUUCCAAGUUGAGCUCUACAAUCCCACAGGGGGAGCCAGUGUUCACUCUCAGUUUGGACUGGCAAAUGUAACUGUGGUGUCAAAUGCAGCAAGUGAAGCUGUGUGGGUCUUCCUGGACCAACUACAUCAGCCCCUUGACCCGACUAUAUUAAAUACGGUGCUGCAAGGACUUAAAAAUAAGGUUGUUUCACCCCUCACUCGUGAGCAGAUGACUGCUGUCCUCGAAGCUCUAGAGAGGGUGCUUGCAGAAGCAGACCAGGCUCCCUUAAAGGAGAGCAGUCGGAAUUUGACCUAUGACCUGUUGUGUGCCUUGGCCAAUCCCACCAGAGUUGACACUCGAGGCCUUAGCCAUCUUGCUGAGGUGGCAGAGAGAUUUGCUUUUUCCCUCCUCACACACAACCAAUGUGAGAUAAUGGGUACUGCUUUGGAAACAUGCCCUUAUAUGACCAUCUCUGCCUUCCAAUGGUAUCCCACACAAAUUAAUGGACACAAAUUCAGAGGCCGUAAUGCAGACUUCUUCCAACUUCCAGAUACACUACUGCCAGUGCCGGCAGUUUCCACUACAGACUGUGGCAACCUCAGCAGGAUUCAGCUGACUGAGUUCAGAACUGAGCACUGGUUUCUCACCAAUGAUACAUUCACAGCUGUCAGCGGGAAGGUUUUCUCAGCCAGCCUCCAGGGCAGGGGGUCACGACCCUUAGAAGAUGGCAAUGAGGUGAUAUAUCGUAUCCACGCCCCUGGACAGCAAGUUAAACCAGGAGAGUCUGUGUGCCUUCUGUGGAACCAGACCACUGCAAGCUGGUCGUCAGAUGGUCAUUACUGCAGGAUUGUGAAAGAAAGUGAGAAUUAUGUGGAGUGUGCAUGCUCCCACUUGUCUGUUUAUGCAGCCCACGCUGAGUUUGCCAUGCUAGCAUCUUACAACGAUGCCUUUUAUGCAUCUGGAUUUAUUUGCAUCUCAGGGUUUGCAUUGGCCAUCAUGUCCCAUGUACUGUGCUCCCGUUUCCCCAUGUUUGCUGCCAAACUGCUCACCCACAUGAUGGUGGGCUGCCUUGGAACUCAGAUUUGUUUCCUGGUGUCAGCUUUUCGGGGCAGACUUUUCUCAGAGGACAGCUGUGCUGCUCUGGCGCUCUUCUCUCACUAUUUCCAUCUCAGCCAAUUCUUUUGGAUGCUCAUACAGGCAGUAAACUUCUGGCAAGUGCUGGUGAUGAAUGACGAACACACAGAGCGGCAGUACUUGCUCUACUUUCUGUUGGGCUGGGGACUUCCCGUGCUGGUCAUCAUUGUCCUGGUCAUCGUUUUGCUCGGCGGCUUUGGAUGGACCAUACAUGCUGUGUACGGACUUGUGCAAGGAGAUGUGUGUUUUAUCCCAAACAUCUACGCAGCUCUGUGCACGGCGGUGCUGGUCCCUCUCAUCUGUCUAGUUGCGGUAGUGGUGGUUUUCAUCCAUGCAUACCAGGUUACUGAGCAGUGGAGGGCCUACGACGACAUUUACCGCGGACGGACCAACAGCACAGAGGUUCCCCUGGUCCUCUACCUGUUUCUGCUCAUCUCACUGGUCUGGUUAUGGGCAGGACUCCAUAUGGGCUACAGGUACCUGUGGAUGCUCAUCCUCUAUGUCAUCUUUAACUUCAUGCUGGGCUUGUAUGUGUUUGCGGUCUACUUCAUAAUGCACAACCAGCUGUUUUGGCCGACUAAAGCCAGUUACACUGUGGAGAUGAGUGGCCAUGAUGGUCCUGACUCUACAUACCAGGGAGGGGGACCCACUACUGUAGGAGGCGAUAUCAGCAAAUCAACUCAAAAUCUCAUCAGUGCCAUGGAGGAGAUAUCUGCAGACUGGGAGCGAACUUCCUUGCGGCCCAGUAUUCAGCCCAGCAGCGUGUUUAAGCCCAGUCCUGUGAUGGGGACAUACACUGCGGAGGGGAGUUUUAUCAACACCAACCUGGUCACCGCAGACGAGGAGUCGCAGGAGUUUGAUGACCUCAUAUUUGCCUUAAAAACAGGAACCGGCCUUAAUGUCAGCGAUAAUGAAUCCAUUCCUGGAAGCCACGAUGGAGGGAGUGUAACCAACUCUCAGAUAGUUGAGCUCAGACGAAUCCCCAUCGCCGACACACACCUCUAACCUUCCCACCUCACACAGAUACCGUGUCCUCUGUUAUUCAUUUGAGAAAGAUAAAUUACAAGACAGUAUUUUUAUAUUGGAAAAUUCUUUGCACUAAAACUGUUUUUUUAAUAGAUCAGUUUCAUAUAGAUCUUUGAUACUGAAUGUUAUUUUUACCGCACAUCUGUUUACAUACAGAAAUGUUUUACUAGAUCUCUUUUUUUAAAAAAAAUCCUUGCUAAAAUAAUUUUCUGAAUGUAUAUAUUGUUCUUUUAGGUUUUUUUUUUUUUUCCAGUAGCUGCUUAGCUGGAGAAACGGACCUGCUCCAUAAGCACAACCUCUGCUGCUGAGCAUGGAGAUUGUGUAACAUUGUUAAUAAAUAAUAUACCACAUAUUUUA